CCGUCCGUGCCAUAGGCCUGCUGUGUCAGGUCGUUAGGGAAGGAUAGUGUCUUCGGAGUGUGUCCUGUGACCAGGCUCUGUGAGGAUGGCUCUGAUACAGCAGCUCUCCUGGCUGCUCUGCGGCCUUCUCUUCCUUUCUGGACUACAGGGUGACCAAGGACCACGCAGUAAGCGGGAUGUCAGCAAUGACCAGCCUUGUAUGCUUUCAGAUAACGGUAAUCUGGUGUUCUCCACCAAUAACAAAGAGAUCCGCUUCCAGACAUCAGGGUCGGGCAGCGUCAAAGUGGGGACUGAGGAUCUAACUCAGCUGUUGAGUCAGAUUAAAACGAACAAAGGUGACAUUGACGAUAUAAAACAAAAUGGCGGUGGAACUUCUCCUGAUGUUACUAACCAACUCAACACACUCAACACUAAGGUUUCAACACUUGAAACAAAAGUUACAGCACUGGAACAGACGGUCCAGAGGAAGUCAUGUAACAGUAAUCCGUGUCAGAACGGAGCCACCUGUCUGGACCUGUUGGACUCUUUUAAAUGCUUGUGCCCUGGCAACUGGAAGGGGUCACUUUGUAAUGAGGAUGUUAAUGAGUGCAGUGCUAUUGUCGACCCAUCCCAUCAAUGUCAGAACGGAGCUACGUGUGUUAACACCCCUGGAUCUUUCAGUUGCACCUGUUCUCCAGAAUGGUCCGGCCCCCUGUGUACGAGUCGCUAUGAUGACUGUCGGGGCGCCGCUCAGGACCUGUGUGUCCAUGGGAUGUGCAUCGAUACAGACAGAGUCACACCCAACGUGCCCAGGUUUAAGUGUGUUUGUGAUGCUGGAUGGAUGGCCCCUGCCGACAACCCAGCCUGCAUCUCAGAUGUGGAUGAGUGUAGCCUUGCCCAGAAGCCUUGCUCCACCAACCCCCCUGUUGACUGUUACAACACCCAGGGCUCCUUCUACUGUGGCUCCUGUCCUGCUGGAUGGCAGGGCAACGGUUACAGCUGUCUGGAUGUUAACGAGUGUUCCACCAACAACGGAGGGUGCUCCACUGCUCCGAUGGUUCAGUGUUUAAAUACCAUGGGCUCCUUCCACUGUGGGCCCUGUCCUCCAGGUUAUGAAGGAGAUGGGAGAACCUGCACUCAGGCUGACAUUUGUGCCAAUAACAAUGGAGGCUGCUCCCCGCUGGCUACCUGUUCUUCUACUCCAGGCUCCACUAUCCCAGUGUGCACCUGUCCGCCUGGCUACACAGGAAAUGGCUUCGGGCCAACAGGAUGCUCCCAGAACAGCAACGUCUGUCAGACCAACAACCCCUGCGUGAACGGCCAGUGUGUGUCCACCUCCACGGGAUACCUGUGCACCUGUAGCCCAGGAUGGGACGGCGUGAACUGUGACCACAAUGUCAACGAGUGUGCCAGCAACCCGUGCCUGAACGGAGGUACCUGCAACGACGGAGUGAACGGCUUCACCUGCACGUGCACGGAUCAUUGGACCGGGCCCACCUGCCAGACCGAGCAGCAAGUGUGUGGCGGUUACCUGUCCGGUCCAGCCGGUACUUUCAGUUACCCCAACACGCCCGGCAGUGACCAGUACGACCACCAGGUCAGCUGUGCCUGGGUCCUCAGAACGGACAACAACAAGAUUCUGCGGAUCACCUUCCCUCACUUUGAUCUGGAGCAAAGUUCCAACUGCAACUUCGACUUCCUGCAGAUCCAUGAUGGCGAGAGCGCCUCAGCGUUUCAGUUGGGGAAGUAUUGUGGGACCAGCGUCCCCCCUGAGCUCUUCAGCUCCCACAAUGCACUCUACUUCUGGUUCCGCUCUGACCACUCCGUCAGUGCGGGCGGUUUCACAGUGGCUUGGACGUCACAGACACCAGUAUGUGGUGGAGACUUGACUGAAUUCUACGGUAAUAUUAACUCACCUGGUUACCCUGGCAACUACCCUCCCAACCGCGACUGCUAUUGGACGGUGAACGUGGCCCCAGGCCUGCUCAUCACUUUUGCCUUCGGGACCCUCAACCUUGAAGACCACCCAGACUGUAACUAUGACUUCCUGGAGAUCCGGGACGGUCUCGUUGCAGAAGAUGUGGUUCUGGGGAAGUACUGCAGUAAUGUGUCUCCUGCCCCUCUCCGAACCACGGGACCUGCCGCGUGGGUCCACUUCCAUUCAGACUUCACUAACAGUGGCGGAGGUUUCCACAUCACAUACACCACCUCACCAUCUGACCCUGGCUGUGGAGGAACCUUUACGGAGAGCGAGGGCAUCAUUAUCUCUCCUAACUGGCCCAAUAACUACGCCCACAACCGUCAGUGUAUCUACAUCAUCCGUCAGCCUGCCAAUGAGAUCAUCUCCCUCAACUUUACAGACAUGGAUCUGGAGACCCACACUGGGUGUAUGUUCGACUAUCUGGAGGUCCAUGAUGGCCCCUCGGAGACAGACCCUCUGAUUGGGAAAUACUGUGGCUCCACCCUCCCUGCCCCCAUCCUGUCCUCAUCCAACUCCCUCUGGAUCCGCUUCAAGUCUGACGGAUCCAUCGGCAAGACCGGGUUCAGGGCCCGAUAUGAAGUUGGGUGUGGUGGGACCUUAUCUGGGACGGGUCAGAUCCGAUCCCCAUACCACCCUAACUCCUACCCCCACAACAAGGAGUGCGAGUGGGUCAUCAACCAACCGCAGGGCUACGUCGUCACCCUUAACUUCCUCACCUUUGACGUCGAGGGCGGUUCUUGUCUUUUUGACUUUGUGGAAGUAAGGGAUGGCUCCACUGUUAGUUCUCCUCUGAUUGGUAAAUACUGUGGAACCACCAUGCCAUCCAUGGUCGAAUCUACCCAGAGGUCCAUGUACGUCCGAUUCAAAACCGAUUCGUCCAUCUCCAACAACGGCUUCACCGCUGAAUAUGACUCAGCCAUCGAGGGUUGUGGCGCUACUCUAACUGCCCCGUCAGGCUCCCUCAACAGCCCGGGGCAUCCCAAUAACUACCCCCACGGAGCCAACUGUACCUGGUACAUCUCCGUCGCCCCCGGCCACCUCGUCCGCCUGUCUUUUACCUCCUUCAACAUGGAGUACCACACCAGCUGCAACUACGACUACGUGGAGGUGUAUGACAAUGGCACUGUGGCGACGGGCACCAAGCUGGGAAGGUACUGUGGCCAGUCCGUCCCUCCCACACUGACCAGCACAGACCACAUGAUGACCGUCCUCUUCGUCUCCGACGCCAGCCUAGCGACAGAAGGCUUCUCUGCCAGCUAUGUCUCCAUCAACGCUACCACCGACUGCAGUCAGUCCUUCACCUCCCCUACAGGAGAGCUAAGCUCCCCUAACUUCCCCAAUAACUACCCCAACGACCGGCAGUGCGUGUACGAGAUCUUGGUGGGCGUCAACAUGCAGAUCAUGCUGAACUUCACCCACUUCAGUCUGGAAGGAUCCCCUCCCAGCUGUUUUUUCGACUAUGUAGAGAUCCGAGAUGGCGGGUAUGAAACCUCUCCUCUGAUUGGCAAGUUCUGCUCCACCAGUCGGCCUCCAAUGCUGGUGUCCCAUAGCAACCGCCUGUGGCUCAAGUUCCAUUCCGACUCCUCUGUGACUUCCCCCGGCUUCAGGGCCCAUUGGGACGGCACACAGACAGGAUGUGGAGGAACCAUGACCACCAGUUCAGGGAGCUUUGCCUCUCCUAACUACCCCCUGCCCUACCACCCCAAUGCAGAGUGCUACUGGCUGAUAAGGAUCAACCCCGGCAGCAAGAUCACACUCAGCUUCGACAACUUCAAUCUUGAGUCCAGCUCCAACUGUGUUUAUGACUACCUGGCUGUGUAUGAUGGGAACAGCACUAAUGCUCCACAACUGGCCAACCUGUGUGGGAAUCAGGUCCCUGCCCCCAUUGACUCCCGUGGGAACCAUCUCUACGUGAAGCUACGUACGGACAGCGUCAUCAGCGCUGGGGGAUUCGUGGCCACGUACACAUCCAACUGUCAAGGUGUGGUAAUCGCCAACCAGACUCGUGGGCACAUUGAGUCUCAGAACUACCCCAACAACUAUCCUGAUAACUCCCUGUGCAGCUGGACAAUACAGGCCUCAAUGGGCAACACCAUCAACUACACCUUCAUCAACUUCGAUCUGGAGUCCGGCCUGAGCACCUGUUCCUUCGACUAUGUCAAGCUGUUCAGUGGUCCUAAUGAUCAAGCCCCUCUGAUUGGCACGUACUGUGGGAACACGCCCCCUCCGGCUGGCUCAACCACAGGCUCCUCCCUUCACAUGGUUUUCCGCUCGGACUCAGUCAUUGCCAUGUCGGGCUUCCAGAUGCUCUGGUACCAGAACGGUUGUGGUGGGGACCUGUCUGGUCCCACUGGCUCCUUCAACAGCCCAGGUUACCCCAACAAAUACCCAGACAACAGAGAGUGUCUCUGGUACAUCCAGACUGCUGCAGGAAGCAGCAUCACCAUCACCAUCUAUGAGUUUGACGUGGAGUACCACCCUGACUGCAGUUUUGACUUGCUGGAGGUGUACGGUGGUCCUGAUCUUUCUGCCCCGCGUUUGGCCCAGCUCUGCACUACAACGUCCAGCCCGCUCCAGGUUUCCAGCACAGGGAACUGGGUCACGGUUCGCUUCAAGUCUGACCCCUACAUCAGCGGCCGAGGGUUCAACGCAAGCUGGGUGGAGGUGCAGGGAGGCUGCGGGGGUCCGAUCAAGGCUCCGAGUGGAGAGAUCCACUCUCCCAACUACCCCGCUAACUACCCCAACAUGGUGGACUGUUCCUGGACCAUCUCGGUGGACCCGGGCCACCGCGUUCUCUUUAACUUCACCGACCUGGACAUCGAGCUGCACUCUUCGUGCCUGUGGGACCAUGUGGCCAUCUAUGAUGGUCCUGGUAUGUCCUCUCCGCUGAUGGGUCAAGUGUGUGGCCAGACCAGACCUGCCCCCUUCACUUCCACGCAGAACACCAUCUACGUUCGCUUUAGGUCCGACAUCAGCCAGAGCCACCGGGGAUUCGCGGCCACCUUUUCUGAGGCGUGCGGGGCCACCUUUGUGACAGACGACACGGGCGGGGCCAUCGCCUCCCCGCGGUACCCGGCGGUCUACCCCAACAAUCAGAACUGCUCCUGGAUCAUCAGGGCCAUGUUGCCAUUCAAUCAUGUGACCCUGUCAUUCACGGACUUUGACCUGGAGAUGCUCAACACCAACUGUUCAGAGGACUCUGUGGAGAUCCUGGAUGGAGAUAACUACAUGGCACCAGUCAUCGGUCGAUACUGUGGAAAGGAUGUCCCUCACCCUGUCACAUCGUUCAGUAACGCCCUGGUCGUCAACUUUGUCUCGGACUCCUCUGUCUCCAGCAAGGGCUUCAGAGCCACUUUCACAGGCUCCACCUCAAGCUGUGGAGGGGACAUGAUCAUGGAGACCGGGGCCUUCAACAGCCCUAACUACCCUGACGCUUACCCUCCAAACGUGGAAUGUGUCUGGACCAUCACCAGCUCCCCAGGGAACCGCCUCCAGCUCUCUUUUAUUAUGUUCCAGUUGCCUCAGAGUUCUGACUGUAACGAUGACUACCUGGAGAUCAGAGAGGGAAACUCUACGGGCACUCUGGUUGGUCGGUUCUGCGGGAAUUCCCUCCCCUCAAACUACACGUCCCUGAUUGGCCACAUCCUGUGGGUCAAGUUCCACUCUGACCUGACCGUCAGCGGAGCAGGAUUCAGAGCUACCUUCUCUCACCUGUAUGGGAAUGACAUCACAGGUACCUCAGGACAGAUAGCUUCUCCUCUGUACCCCCGGACAUACCCCAACAACGCAGACUACCGGUGGACCAUCACUGUACCUGGAACUGACUACAUCCAGAUCCACUUCCUGGUCAUUGACAUCGAGGACCUGUACGACUGCUACUACGACCAGCUGAAGAUAUUUGAUGGGCCUAACGUCCAUGCCUACUCCCUGGGGACGUUCUGCGGUCUGUCCCUGCCCGCCUCCGUCACUAGCUCUGGCAGCACCGUGACCCUGGAGUUCCAGUCAGACUCGAUGAUCGGGGGAAGAGGCUUCCUCAUCGAGUGGUCAGCCAUAGAGAGCUCAGGACCACUGCCCACUAUAGCACCAGGAGCCUGUGGGGGCGUUCUGAUGCCAGGGGACAUCCCCAGGUUCCUUUUCUCCCCUGGCUGGCCAAACAGCUAUGACCCCGACCUGGAGUGUACCUGGGUAAUCCGCUCCCCUGACUCCAUCGUUGAGCUCAACCUGCUGUCUCUGGACAUAGAGGGCUACACACCCACCUGCUACUUUGACAGCCUGGUUAUCAGGGACGGUGAGACCAACCUGUCCCCCCUGCUCAGCACCAUGUGUGGCCGUGAUCCGCCUGGUCCCAUCCACUCCACUGGGGAUUCCAUGUUCCUCCGGUUCACAACAGACAGCAGCGUCAGCGGCAUGGGCUUCAACGCCUCCUACUCCAAGGGUUGUGGUGGUCUGCUUCACAUGGACAGGGGUGUGCUGUUCAGCCCGCGGUACCCUCAGAACUACCCGCCUGGACUGGACUGUAGAUGGCACGUGAUGGUGACCCCAGGGUUCAGAGUGUCCGUGAACUUCCAGAGUCCCUUCCAGGUCCAGGGAUCCGGCACUGCUUGCAGUUCAGGAGACUACCUGGAGCUGAGGAAUGGUCCAGAUGCCUCGGCCCCUUCCCUAGGGGGUCGUCUGUGUGGCACCAGCCUCCCCUCCAUUACUCAGACAACCGACAACAACCUUCACAUUCAGUUUGUCUCUGAUGCCAACAAUGAGGGCCAUGGCUUCAAACUAACCUUUGAGGCCCACAGUCUGGCUUGUGGGGGAGUCAUUGAGCUCCAGGACUCAGACCCUCCAGGCUACAUCACAUCACCAAACUACCCCCAGAACUACCCCCAGAAUGUGGACUGCGUCUGGGUCAUCAUCGUACCAAACGGGGAGUCUGUCCAGAUUGACUUUGAGGGCGAGUUCUACAUCGAGACUACAUCCAACUGUUUAUAUGACUACAUAGAGGUCCGUGACGGCGCCACCUCUGAUGCCGACCCAAUCGCCAAGCUAUGUGGCAACACCAGGCCCUCUACCCAGCAUUCCACUGGCACCAAUAUGUACCUGCGUUUCCGCACAGAUGCCAGCAUCACACACACAGGGUUUAAGGCCAAGUACUCCAUUGCUACGUGUGGCGGUACCUACGUUGGCCAGAGUGGUACCAUCAGGAGUCCUGGUUUCCCUGCUAACUACCCCGACAACUCAGCCUGUGAGUGGUACCUGGAAGGCCCGACCGGACAUUACCUCACCCUCAGCUACGACAAUUUCACCCUCCAGAGCUCCACCCAGUGUAGCGGCGACUAUGUGGAGAUACGAGAGUACAAUGCCUCGGGUAGACUACUGGGAAAGCACUGUGGGAACAGUAUUCCUGGCCCAAUGGACACGGGAGACAGCUUUGCUUACAUCAGGUUUAGCAGCGACAGCGGUGGAAAUGCCCCAGGGUUCAGCCUGUCAUUCGUGGCCAGUGUCGAAGUGUGUGGCGGUGAGCUGAACGCGCCCUCCGGGACCAUCUCAUCCCCUAACUACCCCAAUCUGUACCCUCACAGCCGAACGUGUCGUUGGGAGAUAACUGUAACCUCGGGCCGAAGGGUCACUCUUACCAUCGACGACCUUCGACUGGAGGGCAGCGAGAGCAGCUGCUAUGCUGACUAUGUGGAGGUGCUCAAUGGUUUUGGGGCCACGGCUCCUCGACUCCAGCGUCUCUGCGGCACUGUGCCAGCAGGCUACCAGGUGAGGUCAUCAGGAAACACUAUGACUGUGGUGUUCCAGACCGACUCCUCGGUCUCCAAUGGAGGCUUCACCGCGAGCUACUCCUCCAGUGAAGAUGCUUUGUGUGGGGGUAUCCUCAGUGACCCAGCCGGAGGUAACUUCACCUCUCCAGGCUACCUCACCUCUAACUACAGCGAAAACCUGAGCUGUGAGUGGCUGAUCCAGAACCCUACCCACAUCAACUCCUCCAUUGUUGUCAUUAUUGAAGACCUGCACAUCGAGAGCCAUCAGAGAUGCGAGUACGACUUCCUUGAGUUCCGCCUAGGUGAUUCAAGUGGGGAUCUGCUAACCAAGUUCUGUGGCCAGACCACACCUAGUAUUCCCCUGGUGGUGUCCAUGUCUGGACUCUGGGUCCAUUUCCAGACCAACCAGGCUGUGGGAGAUCUGGGCUUCAAGGCCAAGUACCUGUUCUCAGAAUGUGGUGGGUGGCAGACCGGUGAGGGAGGUGCCAUAUCCAGCCCUUCGUACCCCAACACCUACCCCAGCCCGAGUCGCUGCGCCUGGCUCCUGGAGGCUCCGGUUGGACACACCAUCACUCUCACAUUCAGCUACUUCAACCUGGAGAAUCACAUCAGCUGUGGCUGGGACUCUGUCACCAUCUUCAACGGGGGAUCCCCUGGGGCCCCGAUAAUUGGCCAGUACUGCGGAAGCACCUCCCCCGGAAGCAUCCAAUCAGGGUCCAACAAGCUCACAGUGGUGUUCAUGGCUGACCACUCAGUGGGCAAGGAAGGCUUUUUGGCCACCUGGUCCACGGACUCCUCAGGCUGUGGAGGAGUGAUCCAUGCUGACUCGGGCAUCAUCAAGUCACCCAACUACCCCCAGAACUUCCCGUCCAACAUCGAGUGUUCCUGGACCAUCAUCGCCCACGAGGGCAACCACCUGGAAAUGAACUUCAACCCAGACUUUCAGAUCCCCGAUACCAGUGGGGAGUGCCAGGGCAGCUACAUUAAGAUGUGGGCAGGUGAUCGUGAGAACGCUGACCGGCUGCUAGCUACAGGAUGUGGUAGCUCCGCCCCAGCCCCCAUCAUCGCUCCCCACAACACCAUCACCGCCAGGUUCCAGUCCAUCGGAACCCAAGGCAGGGGCUUCUCAGCCAGCUACAUCACACGGUGUGGCGCUAACUUCACUGCCUCCACUGGCCGGGUGGUGUCUCCCAACUACCCAGCCAACUACCCCGACAGCUCCAACUGUAACUACCUCAUCGACUUUGGACCCCAGACUGUCAUCCUCCUCGAGUUCAAGAGUUUCCAUGUAGAAGCCCACUCCACCUGCCUGUUUGACGGGGUUAAGGUGUACAAGGGUUCAGAACCCACCGGUACCCCUCUGGCCACAGUGUGUGGUAGCACCAUCCCCGGCCCCUUCAACACCCUGGGACCCAUGCUGGUCAACUUCUACUCUGACUCCAUCAUCAGUGAGAGCGGCUUCCUGGCUGAGUACCGGACCAUACCAUGCGGAGGUGUGUUCAAUGACACGUCAGGCACGGUCAGCAGCCCUGCUGGCAUUGACAACUACCACCACAACAUGAACUGUACCUACCACAUCGUUGUCAGCCCGAACACCAUCAUCAGCCUGAAGUGGAACAACUUCCACCUGGAGGCGUCGUCAUCCUGUUACUAUGACUACGUGGCUGUGUAUGACGGGCCCAACACCAUGGCUCCUGUGAUGGGCCAGUUCUGUGGCACGGCGCUCCCGCCCAACCUCCGCUCCACAACCAAUCAGAUGUUCAUAGUCUUCAAGACGGACUCGUCCGUGUCCGGCCUUGGCUGGAGGGCCACCUACAGUGAAACGCUGGGCCCUGCACAGGGUUGCGGGGGUUAUCUCUCCACUCCAAUGGCGAUGUUUGGCUCUCCGGAUUCCAACGGUGAUGGGAAGUAUGAGUUUGGUUUGGACUGUUUGUGGACCAUUGCUAUGCCCAUCAACAAAGUGGUUAACCUCACCUUCUCCUCCUUUGAACUGGAGGGGUCCUCCACCACCACCUGCCGCUACGACUAUGUCAAUAUCUUUGAUGGAGACAAUAUGAAUUUCCCCCUGGUGGGGACAUACUGUGGACGCGACGUGAUACCGGGUCCCUUUGUUUCUGCCAGUAACUUCCUGACCGUCCAAUUUGUCAGUGACAGUUCGAUCAGCUACCGGGGCUUUAACGCCACCUACAGGGCCCAGGAACAAAUUUGCGGAGGUACUCUGAACGCUACAGCAGCAGGACAGACCAUAACAUCUCCUAUGUACCCCAAUGCCUACCCACCUUUCACCCAGUGUCGAUGGGUCCUGGACGCCCCUGCUCAGGAGAAUGUUAAAGUGGCGCUGCAGCAGUUCAACCUGCAGCCCAGCCAGAGCUGUAACGCCAACUUUCUGCAACUGAGCGACUGGCCCGUGGGAGACUACGGACAGUCACACAAGUUCUGUCCUGCGGACCACAUCCCAGACUUCUACAGCUACGGCAGAACAAUGCACAUUGUCUUCAAGUCUGACGCCUUCAUGGCCGGCAACGGAAUGAGUCUGACCUAUCAGGUGGCAGGCUGCAGCAGGACAUAUGAACAGGCCUACGGCUACUUGAAGAGCCCAGGCUGGCCUGACAUCUACCCCCACAACAUGGACUGCAUCAUCAUCCUCCAGGCCCCCCAGAACAACACCAUCUCUCUGUUCUUUGACAGCUUCAACCUGGAGACCCACUCCACCUGUAGUUUUGAUUACCUAGAGGUCCGGAAUGGCAGUACGGCGUCUGCUCCACUGUUGGGAAAGUACUGUGGGAACACUCUUCCCAAUCCAAUAUUCCCUGGCACCAACCAGCUCUACUUGAACUUCAAGAGUGACUUCUCUGGGGCUCGUGACGGCUUUGAGAUCACCUGGACCUCCUCACCAGAAGGUUGUGGAGGUCAGUUAUACGGAGACCACGGCUCUGUGACCAGUCCCAACUACCCUGGCACUUAUGCUAACGGUACCCAUUGUGAGUGGGGCAUCAGGGCUCCAAGCGGGCGCGUGGUGACGGUCACAUUUGCCCAGAUCAGCAUAGACGACCCAGGAGAUUGCCAGAACAACUAUUUGAAGCUGUAUGACGGGAAAGACGCCAGCACUCCUCCUAUUGGUCCCUACUGUGGCGCGGAGACCAACAUUGCUCCCUUCACAGCAUCUUCACACAAUGUCUACAUUGUCUUCAACGCUCAGUACUCUAUCCUGCCCUCUGGGUUCAGGUUGACAUGGAGCAGCUGAGAAGACACACACACACACAUUAUCCUACAGCAUGGACACACACACGCGCUGACCAGAUGCUUGUUUACAGAUUCUCUAAUCAUGCCAGUGAAGCUGGACACCCCCUUGAGGCCUGAGCAGGCCAAUCAAAUGUAAAUAAGGAAAUUGGAAAAUAGAAUAUGUUAGAACAUGAAAGUUUGUUUGUAGAUAAUUUUCUAAAUGGCAAGUGUGUAUUUAAUGAAUGUAUUAUUUGUAUAAGAUCCUUGAUGUGCUAGUCGACAUACAGUAGCAAUCUUUAAUAAAGGGAAUGUUUUCAAAUGUA